UUAAUAUAAAAACCGAAUGAAAGCACGUUAGGUACCGACGACUGACUUCCGUCUGGAAAACUUCUGCAACUCUUCCAAUCCACCAAUGGCGGCCCUCACCCGCCUCUUCAAACCCCAAUUCUCAUCCCUAUUAUUCCACCGAUCACUUUCCACCCUUUCCCAAACCAAUUCUUCACCGCCCCACACAGAUGAUCCUAACGAUGGUGGUUCUAGAAGCUUCCAGUGGGUGUUUUUAGGCUCCCCCGGCGUCGGAAAAGGAACAUAUGCUAGCCGACUCUCCACUCUUCUCGGUGUCCCUCACAUCGCCACCGGUGAUCUCGUCCGACAAGAGUUACCUCUUUCUCCUCAGCUUGAUGAGGUAGUAAAUCAAGGGAAGCUGGUUUCAGAUGAAAUUAUAUUUAACUUGUUAUCAAAGAGACUCGAAGCCGGAGAAUCAAGAGGUGAAUCGGGGUUUAUUCUUGAUGGUUUUCCUCGAACAAUAAGACAAGCUGAAAUUCUUGAUGAGGUGACAGAAAUUGAUUUGGUGGUAAAUUUGAAACUGAGAGAAGAUGUACUGAUUGAGAAAUGUUUGGGAAGAAGGAUAUGCAGUGAAUGUGGAAAAGGUUUCAAUGUGGCUGCAAUCGAUGCAAAGGCCGAGAAUGGGUUGCCAGGAAUGAGCAUGCCGCCGCUUCUGCCACCUCAGCAGUGUGCUUCGAAGCUCAUUACUCGCGCUGAUGACACUGAACCUGUUGUCAGAGAGCGACUUCGUGUUUAUAAAGAAAAGAGUGAACCGGUAGAGGAUUAUUACAGAAAGCAAGGGAAGUUAAUUGAGUUUGAUCUCCCUGGAGGGAUCCCAGAAUCUUGGCCAAAGUUGCUGGAAAUUCUUAAUCUAGAUGAUUACCAUCAUAAAAAGUCAGCUGCUGCAUAGUUUGAGUUGUUUCUGUUUAUAAACAAACCCAUAUCAUUAUUUGUAAAAUUUAAGAUACCUGGUAUUCUUCUCAAAUAAGACAGAAGGGGGAACUCAAAGUCUGUUGAAUGUAUACAGAAAGAUUUUUCUUAUGGUUUAUGCUAUGUAAGUGGCACUUUUAGAAAGCCAUAUACUUUUGGUUAUUUUGGUGUUUCUGUCAUUUGUAAAUGAAAGUUAUUUUUCAACUA